ACCAGAUUCCCGAAUCGAAGGACUAAACGACCACCAACGAAAGAACUCGAAAUGGCCGCCAACCAGAAAAUUGUAUUCGCCAUCGUGUGCCUCUCCCUAGCCUUUAAUGUGGUGUUGGCCCAGCAGCAGCAGCAGCAGCCUGCCAAUAGCUCGGACUCCGACUCGGAUGUGGCUGAGAGCCGCACCUUCGGCCAUCAUUUCCUGCGACGCAUCAGCUUCGCUUUGGUGCCCGGAGCCUUUGUGGUGGGCGUGAUCACUACUCUGCUGGCGGCCCUGACUGUCGUCUCCAUGAAGGGACUGGGCGUGGGCGUCAUCCUGCUGGUGCUGGCCAUUGGACAGAUGCUGUCGCGAGCCCUGCCCGUCCAGGCAGCCGCCUAUGCCGCCGCCCCAGUGGCGGCUCCAGUGCCCGUCGUCUACUCGCACUCGCACACCCAGCAGCCCGUCUGGCUGGAGAAGGAGUGGUAGAGAAAAAGGGGGUCAGAGAUCGGCACGGGACUGGACGAGAAAAGC